CGUGCAUCGAUCUAUUCCAGCACUGUGACCCGUGGGCAGUCACCAUGACCGGUGGGGCAGUCACAGUCACGGUGACCGGUGGGGCAGUCACUGUGUCCGGUGGGGUCACUUUGGCGGCAGUGGCGGUGGUGCCGGCACCGGCACCUACAGUGGCGGCUGUGCCGGCAGUGGCGGUGGUGCCGGAAGUGGCGGCGGUGCUGCGGUCAGCGGUCAUAGGACUACUAAUCAAAUGAUAAAUGUUAUUGCUUCCGUCCUUUGCUUCUUGGACUGGGGGAACGUGGGAUACCUCGCCGAUAUAUAGGGACUGAGCCCAUUUCUUCCUCUGGGUGGCGGAGUCACCCCCGGUGUUUCCUCCAGCGAUGAGGUGAAUAUGGUGCUUCUUUGGCUGAGGCUCCACAAAUUCCUCCUCAUCGCUGAGGUUCUCAAUCUUUCUCUUUUUCGACGAGGUCUCCCCUCCUCGAUUGUCGGUGUUCACCCAGGUAUAUUUCCGUGGGGCACCUUUAACAAGCUGGAGGAGUUCACCUUGUUGAAUUAAGCGCUCAAUGGCUUUUUUGAGUGUGAUGCAAUCGUCUGUUAUGGGAGGUGUUCCUGUGAUAACGGCAGUAUGUGCUGCCUUGGUGAAUGGCGUAGAUCUCCUUCGCCGGGCAAGGGUCCCUGGGUAAGAGGUCCCGCUCCUCCGCAAUAGAUCAAAAAAGUUUAUUCACAAUUCACUAUUGGAAUGAAGAUCAAAUAGAUGGUUUGGCAAUUGGCAUCCACAAAAUGAGGCAUUGGAAUGGGGAAGCCAUGCACUUUGAGACUACUAUGAGAAAGAUGCAAAACCUGAGAACCAACUUAGAGAUUAAAAAAACAAUGGGCCGAAUUACCGGGUUUCAGCUUUCUACUUUACUGCUGCAUCAUUACGUUAGCCGACCCGGUGACUGAAUUCAAGAUUGAAGAGGAUUGAUGAGCGGCGGUAAGAGAAGAAAAGACCUGUACGGGCAGAGCUAGAGAAUGAAUAUGAGGAUGCGCAGAUGGACUAUGAAGGAAAGGGAAAAUAAGGCAUGGAAAGACCAGAUAUAUACAAAAGACUGGAUCAAAAUCUUGGAUUUUAUAUGGCACAAUGCUCUCUCGCUAAGAUAGGUGUGUUGUCGAGAGCAUGGGAGUAAUUUUCGUCCGUAAAAGCAUCUUGGCGCGACUAUCAAGGAAGGUCCGACAUGUCCAAGCACGAUCACUCUGCAGCAAUAACAAACCACCCACCAACAACAGCAAUAUAAACAAGGAAGUAGUAGAAUCUUCCUCUUCCUCUUCUUCUUUGACACGAUAUGACGCUUACAAGGAGCUAGACAACCUCAAUUUCACCACGGCUGCUAAGAUUCUCUUUUCCGAUCCUCCCAAGAAAAAGAAAUUUGGGUAUUCUUUUCGGAACUCUCUUUCAGGCUCGAUUUCCAUCUGGUACAACUUUUCUUUGCCUGCCUGCCUUCACUUGCUGUGUAUUUGGUAGCCCAAUAUGCUCGCUAUGACAUCAGAAGAAUGGAGGCGGAAGUGGAAUUAAAAAAGAAAGCUGAAGAAGAAGCAAAAGCAAAAGAAGUGGAAGAAACAGGGGCAGAUAUGGAGAAAGAAGAAACAUCUGAUCCAAAGCUGUUGGAGUUGAAAGCGAGGGUGGAGAAGUUGGAGGAGGCAGUCAAAGGAAUUGUGGUUGAAUCAAAAAAGGAGUCGCCAGGUAGUCAGGAUAAACAAACUUCAAUAGCCGGAGAGCCAAACACACAAGUAUCAGCUCACAAGUAGACACAUUUCUCAUGUUGAAAACAAUGCAGACUACUGGGGAAACACCAUUUUCUUCAGCCUUUCUAUAUUUUUCAAGUACAUGCAUGGUUGAAUUAAUGAUAUACCUGUCAUCAUGAGGGAAGCAAUAUAUAGUGUAUUUUUCAUUAUCG